AUGUGGCUCCGUCAUCGCCUUCUCGAACACAAAGUUUCGGAGAUUACAUCUCCGAAACUUUUCUCGCCGCCCUUGCCCCGCUCGCCCCCCGACUCGUCCCUCGCCCCCAACCCCUCGUCCCUCGUCCCUUGCCCCUCGUCCCUCGCCCCCGCCCCCUGCCCCUCGUCCCUCGUCCCUUGCCCUUCGUCCCUCGCCCCCCGCCCCCCGCCCCUCGUCCCUCGUCCCUUGCCCUUCGUCCCUCGCCCCCCGCCCCUUGUCCCUUGCCCCUCGUCCCUUGCCCCCCGCCCCCCGCCUCUCAUCCCUUGCCCUUCGUCUCUCGCCCCCCGCCCCUCGUCCCUUGCCCCUCGUCCCUCGUCCCCCGCCCCUCGUCCCUCGUCCCUCGCCCCUCUCCCUUCCACAACCAUCAACCGCUUACCUCACACGCCAGAAAAAAUAGGGUGA